AGGUUAGGUGGUGGUAGUCAGAGGUUUUACUUGGAAUGUAGGCCAACAGUUCUUGCUCCGAGAGGGUGGUAGUGUAGUCGGCCGGAGACGUGAGACACAGCAAUAAAUACGUUGUUCAUGUUGAUAUAAUCAUAGUUUCAUAGACAUGGGCGUCGGCUUGAAGCCCCAGCAGCAAGGGCUGCUUCGGCCUGGUGUACGCAAGGACAUCAUCAGGAAGAACGGCGACUGCAACAUCACCUUCUCGAACCUGAAGAAGCGACGGUCUCGUUACCUUCAGGACCUGUACACCACGCUCGUCGACGUGCAGUGGCGCUGGACCCUCCUGGUCUUCUUCCUAGCCUUCAUUAUUAGCUGGCUCAUCUUCGCCUUCAUCUGGUACAUGAUCAUCAAGGUGCACGGCGACCGCGCGGAGCCUUGCAUCUACAAUGUGGAGACUUUCACGGCCAGUUUUCUCUUCUCGAUUGAGACGCAGCACACCAUCGGAUAUGGACACAG